CGGCAGCGGCAGGACGGAGGCGGCGGGCGGCCUGCCCAGCGCACCCAAUCCCGGGACAGGCGGCCGCGACGAGCAGCGCGCAGCGGGCCGGCACCGACGACGGCUCCGAGGCCCGGCCAGCAGCGCCCGCGCGCCCGCGCCGCCCGCCGCGGCCUCCAGCCGGCCCCGCCCAGCGCCGCCCGCGGGAUGCGGAGCGGCGGGCGCCGGAGGCCGCGGCCCGGCUAGGCCCCGUCGCCCGCACGCGGCGGCCCGGCUGUGGCCAGGCCAACUGGGUUUGGCCUGCUAAGAGAAGACUGUGAGCAUCCCUGGGCCACGCCGGCCCCCAGGGACCACAGACAUCAUGAAUGACGUGGCCAUUGUGAAGGAAGGCUGGCUUCACAAACGAGGGGAAUACAUCAAAACGUGGAGGCCUCGAUACUUUCUCCUCAAGAACGACGGCACCUUCAUUGGCUACAAGGAGCGGCCGCAGGAUGUGGACCAGCGUGAGUCGCCACUCAACAACUUCUCUGUGGCACAAUGCCAGCUGAUGAAGACAGAGCGGCCCAGGCCCAACACCUUCAUCAUCCGCUGCCUGCAGUGGACCACAGUUAUUGAGCGCACUUUCCAUGUGGAGACGCCUGAGGAACGGGAAGAGUGGACAACCGCCAUCCAGACUGUGGCUGAUGGACUCAAGAGGCAGGAGGAAGAGACGAUGGACUUCCGGUCAGGCUCGCCCAGUGACAACUCAGGGGCUGAGGAGAUGGAAGUUUCCCUGGCCAAGCCCAAGCAUCGUGUGACCAUGAACGAGUUUGAGUACCUGAAGCUGCUGGGCAAGGGCACGUUUGGGAAGGUGAUCCUGGUGAAGGAGAAGGCCACGGGCCGCUACUAUGCCAUGAAGAUCCUUAAGAAAGAGGUCAUUGUGGCCAAGGACGAGGUGGCCCACACGCUUACUGAGAACCGUGUCCUGCAGAACUCCAGGCACCCUUUCCUCACAGCCCUAAAGUACUCCUUCCAGACCCACGACCGCCUGUGCUUUGUCAUGGAAUACGCCAAUGGUGGUGAGCUCUUCUUCCACCUGUCCCGUGAGCGCGUAUUCUCUGAGGACCGGGCCCGCUUCUAUGGUGCUGAGAUUGUGUCGGCCCUGGACUACCUGCAUUCAGAGAAGAACGUGGUGUACCGGGACCUCAAGCUGGAGAACCUCAUGCUGGACAAAGAUGGACACAUCAAGAUCACAGACUUUGGGCUGUGCAAGGAGGGUAUCAAGGACGGGGCCACCAUGAAGACCUUCUGUGGGACGCCCGAGUACCUGGCCCCUGAGGUGCUGGAGGACAAUGACUACGGCCGAGCAGUAGACUGGUGGGGGCUGGGUGUGGUCAUGUACGAGAUGAUGUGUGGCCGCCUGCCCUUCUACAACCAGGACCAUGAAAAGCUGUUUGAGCUCAUCCUCAUGGAGGAGAUCCGCUUCCCACGCACUCUUGGGCCUGAGGCCAAGUCCCUGCUGGCUGGGCUGCUCAAGAAGGACCCUAAACAGAGGCUUGGUGGGGGCUCCGAGGAUGCCAAGGAGAUAAUGCAGCAUCGCUUCUUUGCCAGCAUCGUGUGGCAGGACGUGUACGAGAAGAAGCUCAGCCCACCUUUCAAGCCGCAGGUCACCUCAGAAACUGAUACCAGGUAUUUUGAUGAGGAGUUCACAGCUCAGAUGAUCACGAUCACACCACCAGACCAAGACGACAACAUGGAGUGUGUGGACAGUGAGCGGAGGCCGCACUUCCCCCAGUUCUCCUACUCUGCUAGUGGCACGGCCUGAGGAGCACCAGGCAGAGGCUGUGCACUCCGCUGCAUCUCCGGGUCCAGCAACCUCUGGAUGAUCUGUUUGAUGGUUUUAUUUCCCGGAUGCAUUGGGAGGAACCACACUUGUCUCCGGGAUGGGACGGGACGGG